GAUAGUAUUCUGCUCAAAUCUGCAAUCACUAUUCGUAUUCACAACUCUCUGAUUCAUGGAGACAGCUCCAUUCAUUGUUAAACGUCGGGAAACAAUGGUUGAUUUCCAUUGUAUUUUGUUAUGGAAAUUCCCUUGUUUAUAAUGCUAUUAAAAAAACGUUUUUGUGUAAUGUGCAAGUGAUUUAUGUGCUUAUGUGUAAUUUUAAUUUUUGACGUUCAUUUAUUUUGGGAGCAAACAUAUCGAAUAAAUAAACCAGCCAAAUGAAAGACUGAAUUCCUUUUAUAUGUAAAACGAAGAAAUGUAGUUUACUACAAGACAUUCCAAAGAUAAAAUAAUAUAACAUGCGCCAUUUUGUAAACGCCGGCCAUUUUGUGUAGUGUCAGAUAGAAAAUGGCGACCUUGCAGGCCGUUAGAUCCGAGAAGGAUAUUAUAGACGAAGCUCAAGAGAAACUUCUGGAGAGAAAUGAAGUUAUAGUGUUACCCAGUCAGAAUGAAGAGAGGGGGUUGAUAUCCGUGAAAUCAUCGAAAAAAGUUAAACUACCCGAAGAUGAAGGCGGCGUUGGCGGCGGUAGAUUCACGAUCGGCCCGGCGCCGGAGCGUGACUGGGAGAUGGUACCACCGGAUGGAAAAUGGGGAUGGUGUGUUCUCGUAGGGGCAACGUUAGUGAAUAUUCUUAUACCAGGAACUAUCAAAUCGUUUGGAGUUCUCCUGGUGGAGUUUAACGAUGUCUUCCACUCGAGCGCCUCCGCGUCCUCGGGCAUCGUUGCCUUGUGCUACUUCCUCUACAGUAGUUUGGGUCCAAUAUCAUCGAUACUGUCGGUGAAGUGGUCGUAUCGGACGGUGACAUUGAUCGGUGGCUGUUUCGCUGCGUUCGGAAUGAUUAUUAGUUGUUGGGCUUUCUCCAUCGGCUAUCUGUACUUUAGUUUCGGCGCGAUGGUCGGCACCGGCGCUGGUCUAGCUUUCCCGCCGACUGUUUAUAUCGUGACGUCGUACUUCGUCCGGCUGCGGGGCUUGGCCAAUGGCAUCUGUAUGUCCGGCUCGGCGUUCGGCAGUAUAAUAUUGCCCCCCGUCUUGCGGUACCUGUUGGAGACGUACGGUUACAAAGGAGCAGUUCUAAUACUCGGUGGUAUCAUGCUGAAUGUCUGGGCGGCUGCGUUGCUGUUCCAGCCGGUCGAGGAGCAUAUGGUGAAGAAGUACAAGGAGAUGGAAGACGACGAGGACGGACCGCAGGACGAUAUUCUAUUCGAAGAAGAGGAACCAAUCGAAUCUUAUGAUAUGACAAAUGUCACUGAUAAACAAAACGGGCUGCCUGAGGGACCGAGCAAGGAGAAUUCGAUCAGAAACCUCUCGCAAGCCCAUAUACAUAACAGUCAAAAUUGCAUGAACUCAACGCAGAACUUACGUCAGAAUUUGUCAAAGCGGAAACUGUCAUACCCUCGACCGAUAACGAAGAAUAAUCUCAGCUCAGCGUCUAUAGGACUAGACGGUGUACCAGAUGGCAGGAGAUUGGGCUCCCAAGAAACAUUUGGGAGGCGUCUGAGCGUGGGACCGAAACGGAACAUGUCAACGUCCAGUUUCGCUUAUGUUUCUACGACGAUACACGGUUCAACGCUAUCCGCUUUCGAGAGACCCAACGAAUUCGCAUCUCAAUUUUCGCUGAAGUCGAUCACGGAAAGCGUGGCCGAUGUCGCGUAUUGCUGUUUCUGUUGCAAGAAAAAGGAUAAGAAAGAGAGGAACAAGUUCUUCGAUGUUUCUCUUCUAACAGAUCCAACGUAUCUCGUCAUUUUAAUAUCGAGCAGCACAGUUGCGAUAUCGUGUACGAAUUUCAUCAUUCUGUUGCCCUCGCACGCUCAGAACAUCGGAUUCGAUAAAGCGAGAGGUGCGUAUUUGCUCAGUACGGUCUCAGCGCUCGACCUGGUCGGACGUAUCGGCGGCUCCGCUCUUUGUGACUUAAAUUUUAUGCCGAAAUCGUUUUUCUUCGUCGGCGGUUUGUUAUUCUCUGGGAUAAGUUUAACUAUAAUACCGUUUUUAAAAUCGUACACAGCUAUUAGUGUUGUCUGUGCGUUUUUCGGCUUAGCAUCGGGCGUUAAUAAUAGCGUGACGACGCUGGUGAUGGCGGAAAUCUUAGGUGUCGAUAGACUGAUGUCGACUUAUGGAAUAAGUUUGUUUGUGAACGGUCUCUUGCAAUUGGUGGGGCCGCCAUUAUGCGGGCUCUGGUAUGAACACGACAAGAAUUUCGUCCAUAUGUUCGUUACAUUUGGCAUUAUUUUCAUAUGUGGCGCAUCCCUGUGGCUUCUGAUGCCGCUGGAACCGUUCGUUGAAGAGGAUCCGAAUGAAUUAGAAGAAACGCUACACGACGCGAACCCAAAAUUAAUUCUUACACCAGAAGAUAAUGCGGAAAUGGAUACAUACCAUAAUGGUUCGCCCCCAAACUUCAAACAACGCUCGAAUGCCGCUUUAGACGAGCGAUUUUCGCCCAGCAAAGGCGAUUUCGUUCGGUCAGCAAGCGCUGCCCUAGUCUCCCAGUUCGAAAACCAAAGAACUCGUAAAAUAUCCACGCCCGCGACAUCUAAACACGGCUUGCAGCACAUCUCGAGUAAAAUAUCAAACCAUCUGCCCAGUAAUCCGUCGCUCCUCGAAUCAGUUCCAGAGGGGAAAACCAGUCGAGUGAAUUCGACGGAAGCGUUCAGUAAGAAAUUGGUGGUACCGAAGACGCCCAAACGGAGCCCUUCAACGUCGAGCUUCCAAUACAUGUCAACGCCGUUCCAUGGGUCGACGCUGUCCGCUUUCGAGAAACCGAGCGAAUUCGCGUCUCAAUUCAGCUUAAAAUCUGUAACAGACAGCCUAGCGCCGAUAAGUUACUGUUGCGGAUGCAAGAAAGAUGACGAUUCAAAAAAAGAACCCAGUAAAUACUUCGACGUUCAACUGUUAAAAGAUCCAAUCUAUCUUGUCAUACUUAUAUCCAAUUGCACGUGCGCGAUUUCGUAUACAAAUUUCAUAAUAUUGGUGCCCUCCUAUGCCCAAGAAUGUGGCUUCGAUAAAUCUCUCGGCGCGUAUUUGCUAUCGAUAAUUUCAGCGUUAGAUCUGGUCGGUAGGAUAGGUGGGUCCGCGCUGUCCGAUGUCGUUUUGACGCCUAAGCGUUAUUUUUUUAUAACUGGUCUGCUAUUGUCGGGAAUAAGCCUCGCUUUGAUACCGUUAGUUUCAACUUAUUCGGCAAUUAGUGCAUUUUGUUGUGUAUUCGGUAUCGCUUCCGGUAUAAAUGUAGGAGUCACGGCCCUAGUUAUGACGGAGAUGUUAGGCACAGAACGGCUUAUGUCAUCCUAUGGAAUAAGUUUAUUCGUGAACGGUAUAUUGCAGCUUGUUGGACCGCCUGUCUGUGGUCUGUGGUUUGAACGUACGAAAUCAUAUAAAUCCUUAUUCGUCACCCUUGGGUUUAUUUUAAUAUUCGGAGCGAGUUUGUGGGCGUUCGUACCGUUUAUUUAUAGGAGGCGAAAACGCGAGCAAAAUUUAAAAGAUUCGAAUAAGGCGUAGUGUAGAAACGUUUUAAAUCGUGUUACCAUUACUUAUAUUAGAGGUAUAGAAUUAAUUUUUACUACUUUUUUUUGACUCGGGUAAGUUAAAGUAUUUCCUUUUUUAUAAUCUGGGACAGAAUUGAUAUGAAAAAAAAAGAGCGGGAAUUUUGACAUUUUGUGUCAAUGUCAUUUUAUUUAAUUCAAAGGUUUUGUUAGGUUUAAAAAAUAUACCGAAUUUAUUUCGAAUAAUUGAAAUCAAUAACGGAAUAGUAUUUUAUAUUUCGAAUAUGCAUACGUAUAUCACAUAUUUUUUUACAUUUACCAUCAAAGUAUGUUAGCCACUUCUGUACUUAUUACUAUGUAUUAUUUAUUAGUUUUAUUAAUAUAUCUUUCAUUCCACUCCAUUUUUAUCACGCUUUUGUAUUUCUAUUCUUAUAUUUAGUUUUACUGACGUUUUAUUUCUAGAUAUUACAAAACAAACUUUUUCUUCAAUUCUUUUGUUCUUGGAAAAGGCGAACUUCAUACAGCCUCAAUUUUUUUCUGAAUACGUUCUUACGUAUUAAUAAAUUUUAUGGAUAUAUUAUACAUAUUCGUUUGAUUGAUAAAUAAUAAUUAUAGAAUAUUAUAACAUUUUCAACGUUACUUAAGAACUAAGUACAUAAAUCGUGUCAUUUGUACUUUUACUGAACAAAUACGACGCCAUCUUUGAUUGUGAUAUCAAUCGUCAUGUUGCUUUUAUUCUACUUUACCGAUUUAUAACUGUUGUAUAGUGCAGAGGUGAGGACGUCUAUCUUUGUGCAAAAAAAUGUCCUUCAAAUUGUAUGAUAUUUUUUUUUAGGAAAAUUUAUUUUUAUGGCGAAUGUCCAUCUUUCUAUAGUAUACUCUAACGUAUUCGUAUUAGCGCAUUUCUCCAAUUCCUCUAACAUUAGUUGCGCCUACAUUUUAUACAUUUUGAGGGACAUUUUUUAUACACAAAGACGUCUCCUUACCUCUAAAUUAUAGCAUAGAGAAAAAAAAAGAGUUUGUUGUUUGUUUUAGACAAUCUGUUUGUGUAAGAGUGUCCUUUCCACCUAAUAAUAAGAUGUUUUGUAAAGUCUAGAAAUAACACUUUAAUUUCUAGUAAUAAUAAUCAUUUUAAUAUUCAAAGUUUCUUAGCACAAUAUAAUUAUAAAAUAAUUUGUAAUUUUUAGGUUAAAUAAUAUAUAUUUGUCAAAUGUGAGCUUCUAUGAGUACUAUUGAAACUGUUGCGUUGCUUAAAGUAUAUUUAAUCUUUUAAAAUAUAAAUUGUACGAAUUGUAAACGAAACGCUAAAAAUGAUUACCAAAGUAAACUAAAUAUUCAUAGUAAAACGUAUACAUAUAUAUACAUUACGAAUACGGAUUCUUCAAGAUUCAGCAAGUCAGUAAUUAACCUUUACCAAUACGAGCGAUGUUUAUUUAUAAUUCGUGCAAGUUAUAAUCAAAUUGAUCACUAAACUUACGCUUUUAAAGUCAAUUGUAUUGAUUAAUAAAACAAUGCCUUAAUAAUUGUUAACUAAAUACUAAAAUAUAUUAUUAAAAUGUAAAAUGUAUUAAUUUAUCGUAUGUGGACUCUCAAUGAGUUGUAAUUAAUUUCUAUCUUUAUUUAUACUCCCCUCCUUUAUUACACAUAGCAUCCCCAUUUUUUCGGUUUUUCUUGCCUUACAAGUCAAAGUCAAACUGACAUAACCAUCUUUUUUUUUUAAUGUUUGAAUCAAAUUGAUAGGCAAGUGAGUUUUGUAUUUGUACCAAAUAUGAAAUAUUUUUAAUCAUGAUGGUUACAGAUAACAAAGAAAAGUUUAUCAAUAUUGUGAUUCAAUUUUAAAAUUCAUGAUACAGCUUUGCUUUUCUAUUUUUAAUUAUAUACUUAUUGUCAUUAUUCUAAGUGUCAGAUAAAGCAAUAGAUGGCAUCUGCGACAUAUAUGUAUAUAUUCUACUAAAUGACAGUUCACAUACGAUGUUUAAUACCGUGCUUACUUUUAUAACUAUAUAUGUAGGAUCAUUAAUAAAUAACUUAAAAAGCUAGUCUAAAUAACUAGUUUUUUCAAUGAAAUUCAAGAUGGUGUCAAAAUACGGACACGUAAAAUUUUAUGUAUAAUUUUCAAAUAUAAUUUAUUUACAGUCAUGACUCAUGAUAGUAAAUUGCUUCAAAAUCUAAUCAUUAUAUUGACAUAUUAAUAAAAAACAUAAAUUUAUAAUUGAAUGAUUAUUCAAUAAGGAAUGCUUAUUGAAAUAUAAAAUGUCAAAGUUACUUACUGCAAUAUCUUUUUAAAUUUAAUCACCUUAAUAAUUUAUGGCACCAAUCAACAUUAAUACGGCCUAAGAUUAGUCUAAAGUAACAUUUAUAAUACUUAGUAUAAAAUAAAUAUAUUUUUUAAUUAUCCUACCUAUAUAUGUGUAAAUUGGCUUAAAUUGGGAUUAAUAUUAUAUAAUGUAAUAAAUUGUAAACAUUUUAUAAAAUUGGUAAAUAUAUUUCAUUUAUUAGCGAUUACCUUUUCAACUUUUUUUCAAAUACUUUUGUUUAAGAGCUUAGUUGAAAGAGUUUUCCUUAACUUUCAAAAAAAUGUAAAUGUCUACGUUACUCUGUAUGAAUCUUCCUUAGGCCUAUUUUUUUGUUAUAAGAAUAUUUCAAAUAUGGCCUCGUGUCUAUUCUAUACACUUUUUUAUUAAUGAUGAUUUUGGAAUUCAAGAUCAAAUUACAAAAUGCCAAUUAUAUUUUUAUAUUAUAAUAAUUGACAAUUUACCAGUGAUAAAUAAUCUGUAUACAUUAUUGUAAUUAAUUAAACGAUUUAUUCAAG